AAACAAACCGUAGUACAUCAACAACAUUUAUCUCUGUUUUUCAUAAAAUAUUUUUAAUUGUUACCUGUACAAAAUGUAAUGGAAUAUUGAAAUGAUCACAAAACAAUUUUUUAUUUUAAUUAAUAAAAUUUAAAAUUGAUCAUGUCGAAAAGAAAUAAUGAGGAAGGAGGCUCUGAAGAACCUCCUGUAAAAAAAGUACAAUUUGAACCAGUUAGACUUGGCCCUAUAUCUACAAUGGAAGAUUUAGAUAUGAAAGUACUACAGUAUCAAAACAAAAAAUUAGCGCAGAGGUUAGAACAAAGAAAUCGAUUAGAAGGGGAAUUAAGAAACAGAAUUGAACAGCUAGAAAAACGACAAACACAAGAUGAUUCUGUUUUAAAUGUUGUAAAUCGUUAUUGGAAUCAAUUAAAUGAAGACAUCCGAAUAUUAUUACAAAGAUUUGAUGCUGAAACAGCUGAUGAAUUAGAAAGCAAAAAUGAGAGUGAAGUAACAACAUCAUUUUUAGUACAAUUGUCGACAUGGGAUAAAGAAGAAUUAGAUGAGAAAUUAGCUAAUCGAGUCCAAGUGUCUAAACGAGCAGUAGCAAAAGUUAUACAGGCUUUUGAUAGACUAAUGCAAAGAAAUGAAAAAAUUACACUUGCUCUUAAAGGCGAAUUUGAAGGUGAUGAAGCUCCUAAUAUGGACGAAACAAUCCGACAAGCUAACAGUGAACUUCAAACUGAAAAUCAAAAAUUACAAUCCUUGAACACUUCAUUACAUAAAAAAUAUCAUACAAUGUCAUUGAAGUUGGCUGGCUUACAAGACAAUGUGAAUUGUAAAGAAACAGAAGUGGCUGAAAUGCGAAACCAAAUUGAAGAGUUACAAUAUGAAUACCAAAAAAUUUUGGAUAGAAAUUAUAAACUAGAAACACAUCUAGCAGAAGCAAGGGACAAAUUGAAAGGAUUAGAAGCAAUACAAAUUGAUGAUAAAAUUAUUCCAAGACAAGAUACAUCCAUUACACAAUCAAGUUUAUCACUACAAAAGGUUGAAGAAUUACAAAAAGAAAUUGAAGAACUUAGAGAGUUAAAUAAUAAUCGUCUACAAGAACUUGAAAAAUUACAUCAACAACAUAGAGAAGCUUUAAUGGAAGUGGAAAAACUUAAAAUGGAUCUAAGGCAACUUCCUGAUAGUGUAAUUGUUGAAACAACAGAGUAUAAAUGUUUACAAUCCCAUUUUUCUGUAUUGUAUAAUGAAUUUAUGGUUAUGAGAAGUCAACUAAUUGAACAAGCUGGAAUGCUUCAAAGUAGUAAAAAUACUCAUUUACGUCAAAUGGAAGCAAUGGAGAGCGAUGAGUUAUCAGCUCAGAAAAAGUUAAGGUCAGAAUUGAUGAAUUCUGAAGAUGUUAAUGCUCAGUUACGUAAAGAGUAUGAAAUGUUACGAAUCGAAUUUGAACAAAAUUUGGCUGCUAAUGAACAAACAGGACCUAUUAAUCGAGAAAUGAGACAUUUAUUGUCGUCUUUACAAAAUCACAAUAAUCAGCUUAAAGGCGAAUUACAUAGAUAUAAACGGAAAUAUAAAGAUGCCAAUGCAGAAGUACCUAAGUUAAAGUUAUAUACUAAUAUUGAUUCUAUUUUAAAAACGAAUUGGUUUUCUUAUAUAUUUUUAUAGUUAAAAAAAGAAUUAGAAGAUUUUAAAUUAAAGUUGGGCCAACAAAUUACAGCUUCUGUCCAAGAUUCAAAAGAAGGAUUAAUAGAAUCAUGUAAGGAAGAUGAAUGUGGGGUAAAUGAAACUAUUAAAGAAGAGUUUUCACUCUCUCAAGUUAUUAUGAAAAAGGAAGAUGAUUUAGAAGGUAUUUCUCAAUUGGUCGAUGAUAAUACCCAAGUUGAUGAAAAAAUUGAUAUUAAAAACUUAAAAAAAGAGCAUAUUAAAGAUGGACAACAAACUCCUAAUAAAACAACAACUGGGCCUACAACUACUCCAGACCAAAAAACUGUUAAUCAAAAAGAUGUUGCUAGAAAUUGGGAAAGUGAAAUUCUUAGAGAUCUGAAAACACAACUUAAAAAAGCUGUUAAUGAUCAAAAAGAAAUGAAGUUAUUAUUAGAUAUGUAUAAAGGAGUAAGUAAAGACCAAAGAGAUAAAGUUCAAUUAAUGGCAGCAGAAAAAAAACUUAGAGCAGAGCUUGAAGAAGCAAAACAAGCAUUAAAAAAAAUACAAGAAGGUAAACGCGAAGAACGCAAAAAGCUAGCUGAUGAAGAUGCCUUACGAAAAAUUAAACAAUUGGAAGAGCAUAUUGUUCAACUUCAAAAACAAGUUGCUACUCAUAAGCAAGAAGAAGAAGCUAUGUUAAGUGAAAUGGAAGUGACUGGUCAAGCUUUUGAAGAUAUGCAAGAACAAAACUCUAGAUUAAUUCAACAAUUACGUGAAAAAGAUGAUGCUAAUUUUAAAUUAAUGACUGAACGUAUAAAAUCUAAUCAGUUACAUAAGUUAGCACGUGAAGAAACUGAUACUCUUAAAGAAUUAAUUAAAACUUUAACUAAUCAAGUAGAAAUGACCAAUUCAGUGGUUCGUAAAUUGGAAGAAAAAGAGCGUAUACUGCAAAAUUCAUUAGCAACAGUUGAAAAAGAGUGUUCUAUUAGACAACAAGCUAUGGAAAUGCAUAAACGAAAAGCAAUUGAAAGUGCUCAGUCUGCUGCGGAUUUAAAGCUACAUCUUGAUAAAUAUCAUGCACAAAUGAAAGAAGCACAACAAGUAGUAACUGAGAAAACCAGUGCCCUUGAAGCUGAAGCAUACAAAACCAAAAGGCUCCAGGAAGAAAUUGUUCAAUUAAGACGAAAAACUGAACGCAUGAAAAAAAUUGAACAAGCUGGAACAUUGGAUGAAGUAAUGAUGGAAGAAAUUAGAGAGUAUAAGGAAACACUUACAUGUCCAUCAUGCAAAGUUAAACGGAAAGAUGCUGUGUUAACUAAAUGUUUCCAUGUCUUUUGUUGGGAUUGUUUACGUACUCGUUAUGAAACAAGACAAAGAAAAUGCCCAAAAUGUAACGCAACAUUUGGAGCUAAUGAUUAUCAUAGACUUUAUCUUGGGUCAUAGAUAUAUUGAAAAAUAACAGUGAGAUAUAAAAUUUGUGAAGGUAUCUCAUUAUGAUUUUUCUUUAUUGAUGAAGUCCUAUUUUAUUAUUUUAUAUUUUGGUGACCAUUCUAUAGUUUAUAUCAAUUUUUAAUUUGAUAUUCUUGAUCAAGUGUUUUAUAACUGCAUUAAUUAAUUUUAACUAUUUAUGUAACUUGAAUUAUUUAUUUGCAAAAAAAAAAUUAAUAAGGUACAGUUCA